AUGCAGGAACAAAACAAAUCCCACAGAUUAUCAUCAUGUGGAGCAGCAGGUCCAAAAAUUGAAGCUUUUAAUUCAUUUCAGAAUAUGGGCUGCUGUGGGUGAGAAAUACCAGUCAAUAGUUUCUAUCCAGUACAAGCGAAGUAUGAACUACAUUUCCCAGAACGCAUUGCGCAGGGUUAGAGGAUAUCAGGACUUGUGUAGUUCUCCUCCAGCCUCUGCGCCCUUCUUUGACUGAAAGAUAAGAACUUUGCACUCAAUAUUGUGCAAUAAUUGUUAUCUUUCACGCACAUAGAUGAGGGCUGGUGAUCUGCCAGAGUCCACUCAGUGUGGAUGAGCGACUCAGCCGCCGGUCAGGACAAUAAUCCGGCUGGAAACAACAAGCACUCUGUGCCGCUGGACUGCUGCGGAGGACUCAACAACCUCGACUAUUCAAAGAUGGACUUGACGCUGAUGGAAGGACUUCUAAAACACGUCAACUUUCACGACUCCAGCUUUUGUAUCGCUGUGAUCGCCAUCGUUUUCAACCCUCUCUUCUGGAAUGUGGUGGCGAGAUGGGAGCAUCGUACACGGACGCUCUCCGGGCUCUUUGGUAGCCCCUACAUGGGCUGUUACUGCAUGGGCUUCGCCAUCGUUCUGCUCAACGUGUACCGCAGUCACAGUAUGACGGUGGCGAUGAAGGCCCAGGCCAAGUGGGAGGUGAUGGACAGGACUGAUGUUUUCUACGCUGGAGUAGCCCUCAUCGUGCUGGGCACUGUGCUGGUGGUUGGCAGCUUUCUGGCUUUGGGAUUCACUGGAACCUUCUUGGGUGAUUACUUUGGCAUCCUGAUGGAUGAGAAGGUGACAGGCUUUCCCUUCAACAUCAUCGAGAACCCGAUGUACUGGGGCAGCACCGCCAACUACCUCGGCUUGGCACUCAUUGGUGCCAGUCCUGUUGGGCUCGUCCUGACUGCCGUAGUCGCCGUGGUUUACAAGGUGGCGAUAAGAUUUGAGGGACCAUUCACUGAGCAGAUCUACCAGGAGAGGAGUCAGCGCCGCAAGCUUGAAUAAUCACCUCCCCCUGCUCCUGGUUUGGCUGAGGACUCCCCGUCCUGUCACGAGGACAGACAGACAGACUGAACGACAGACAGAUUUAACAACACCGUUGAUCAUUAAUCCACCUCUGGUGUGGAUCCAAAGGCUAUGUUCACACUACAGCUGCAAAGGUUCCAUUAUUGAUUUGGUUUUAUGCUCUUCUCAUGAAUGUGGACGCUACAUGGAGCCAUUUUUUAAAUGUAAUUUUGGACCACAUGGUUAUGGCAUACUUUGGGCUAAGGAUGGCAAGUUAAAGUAAUUUAUAUUCUGAGAAACAUUUUUUUUUCUUCUUUUUGUUGAGAAUUAGAUGAGAAGAUUGAUACCACUCAUGUCUGCGAGGUAAGUAUGGAGCCAGAACCGUGAAGUCACCCAUUGGUUUGUGGACUUCCGUUUUGAAGCCUUGAGUUCGGCAUUUUUUGCCGUCGCCAUCUUGGUUUUUUUUUGCAACCAGAAGUGACACGAGAGGGUGGAGCUAAGAACAACCGAACGCUGAAUAAGACAUUUUUAGGCGACCAAACUGUUACAAUUAACUUUCAGGAACUGAAAACACCGACCUGUCAAUCACAAGGUAGCCGAGGCCCGACAGGGCUAAGUACCAUUAACAGCUGACACUAGCUAGCCAGCUUGGUUAGCAAGGUGCAUCCAUAAUUCACGUUAACUUUGAUAUUAAUUGGGAUGCUAAUUUUGGCUUUCGAAAAACACUUGUUUGUGUACUUACUGGAAAAAAUGAACAGUAUCCUUAGAGUGUCUUUUAGUACAACCGAACGCUGAACGGUAGCGUCCUGUCAAUCACAGGGGUAGCCACGCCCUAAAGCAUCCCCUGCUUUAUGGUCUAUUUUACUCUAAAUGGGACCAUAAUUUACUAAAUGAACAUCAU